AUGAUCGCCCGCGGAGCCCCGGAUAGAAGUCGGCACGGUCGGUAAUGGUGUAAAUAAAAACUCUCGACUAUUGGAUUAUUAUGAAUUAAAAGUUUCCUCAAAAUUACCAGCCUGAUUAUUUCACCGUACUGGAAAUGGCUUUAAAUCUGAGCAAACAGAUCGCAGUGCUCGGAGGACGUUCACUCGCGAGAAAAACCUUAUCGGGCAAAUUCUAUACCGGAAGUCUGUACGAGCCGGAUUAUUUGGAGACAGGUAAAUCAAAGUUUCCGCUCCUACCCGUAAUAAAUGUGCAAAUUAGGGGUUACGAUUAUCCUGUGCUCGAGAGUUACCAGUCUUAUAUACACAAGUUGGCGGAUGCCAUACAGAUUGACGUAGACAACGGCUGGCCGUUCCCGCCUCAAGAAUUCAAGAUUCAGAAAUACAAAUCUGGAACGACUAAAAUUACAUCCGAGUAUAAUCUCCAAAUUUACGAAAGAAAUAUACAAAUGUCAGAAGUAACUUCCGUCAAAUAUCCAGUAUUGAUCAGGGCGAUAGAAGCAGCCUUGCCACAGGGUGUCACUCUAAAUGUCAACAUUUACGAUCCCGCGCUAGAACAGAAGCGAUAUAUACCGGACAAAGAAUUGGUCGACUUAAAAUCCGAGUUAGAUACGUUAAAGAAUAAACGCUAGAUACAUGUAGCAGCAGGACAUUUGUAUGUACGUGUACAAUGAUACCCUUUUUUCAAUUCUUGUUAGAGGCAGUAAAGAGGAGAAAAUUCCACACU